CAGCAGAAUGGAGGUUCUGAAAGGUCCUGGAAGGUUCCUCAGCAGACAGGAGGUUCUGAAAGGUCCUGGAAGGUUCCUCAGCAGACAGGAGGUCCUGAAAGGUCCUGGAAGGUUCCUCAGCAGACAGGAGGUCCUGAAAGGUCCUGGAAGGUUCCUCAGCAGACAGGAGGUUCUGAAAGGUCCUGGAAGGUUCCUCAGCAGACAGGAGGUCCUGAAAGGUCCUGGAAGGUUCCUCAGCAGACAGGAGGUCCUGAAAGGUCCUGAAAGGUUCCUCAGCAGACAGGAGGUCCUGAAAGGUCCUGGAAGGUUCCUCAGCAGACAGGAGGUCCUGAAAGGUCCUGAAAGGUUCCUCAGCAGACAGGAGGUCCUGAAAGGUCCUGGAAGGUUCCUCAGCAGACAGGAGGUCCUGAAAGGUCCUGAAAGGUUCCUCAGCAGACAGGAGGUCCUGAAAGGUCCUGAAAGGUUCCUCAGCAGACAGGAGGUCCUGAAAGGUCCUGGAAGGUUCCUCAGCAGACAGGAGGUCCUGAAAGGUCCUGGAAGGUUCCUCAGCAGACAGGAGGUCCUGAAAGGUCCUGAAAGGUUCCUCAGCAGACAGGAGGUCCUGAAAGGUCCUGAAAGGUUCCUCAGCAGACAGGAGGUCCUGAAAGGUCCUGAAAGGUUCCUCAGCAGACAGGAGGUCCUGAAAGGUCCUGAAAGGUUCCUCAGCAGACAGGAGGUCCUGAAAGGUCCUGAAAGGUUCCUCAGCAGACAGGAGGUCCUGAAAGGUCCUGGAAGGUUCCUCAGCAGACAGGAGGUCCUGAAAGGUCCUGAAAGGUUCCUCAGCAGACAGGAGGUCCUGAAAGGUCCUGGAAGGUUCCUCAGCAGACAGGAGGUCCUGAAAGGUCCUGGAAGGUUCCUCAGCAGACAGGAGGUCCUGAAAGGUCCUGGAAGGUUCCUCAGCAGACAGGAGGUUCUGAAAGGUCCUGAAAGGUUCCUCAGCAGACAGGAGGUCCUGAAAGGUCCUGGAAGGUUCCUCAGCAGACAGGAGGUUCUGAAAGGUCCUGGAAGGUUCCUCAGCAGACAGGAGGUCCUGAAAGGUCCUGAAAGGUUCCUCAGCAGACAGGAGGUCCUGAAAGGUCCUGAAAGGUUCCUCAGCAGACAGGAGGUCCUGAAAGGUCCUGGAAGGUUCCUCAGCAGACAGGGGGUCCUGAAAGGUCCUGAAAGGUUCCUCAGCAGACUGGAGGUCCUGAAAGGUCCUGGAAGGUUCCUCAGCAGACAGGAGGUCCUGAAAGGUCCUGGAAGGUUCCUCAGCAGACAGGAGGUCCUGAAAGGUCCUGGAAGGUUCCUCAGCAGACAGGAGGUCCUGAAAGGUCCUGGAAGGUUCCUCAGCAGACAGGAGGUCCUGAAAGGUCCUGAAAGGUCCUGAAAGGUUCCUCAGCAGACAGGAGGUCCUGAAAGGUCCUGGAAGGUUCCUCAGCAGACAGGAGGUCCUGAAAGGUCCUGGAAGGUUCCUCAGCAGACAGGAGGUCCUGAAAGGUCCUGAAAGGUUCCUCAGCAGACAGGAGGUCCUGAAAGGUCCUGGAAGGUUCCUCAGCAGACAGGAGGUUCUAAAAGGCGCGGUACUGAGAGGUUUGGCUGCAUCAUUUGGCCUUUUCUGCAUUAAUAAGAAUGAUGAACAAAAGGUUCUGAUCUGAAGCUCCAGUUUUCCUCAGCUGCUGUUGUUCUGUGAUGGGACUGAUAAAUCCUCUGAUCUUCU